GCAUGUGUGAACAACAAUAUAUUUGGUUGAGAGAGUUGGGUAGUUCAUGCCAGUUAUGUGGAGCCCAAGUCAAUGAUUCUGAUCGAUAUCAAUAUUUGAUUUGGGAGUUCAAAAGAUUAUGUUGUAGACCCUGCUUGUCUAUAAAAACCGCAAGCUUUGAAGACUUACGAAAUAAUAUUCCCGAAGAAGUACUUUCUUGCCUUCCUAAUAUUAAUGAUAUAAAGCCUUCAAACUUUUUUGAUAGUUGUCUUGUUACUUUACCUGGCAUUCGGUACCAAAAUCCAUAUUAUUGGACGACUGAUGUUUAUAAAGCUUAUCGUGAAUAUCAUGCAUUGAAUGCCAAUGAGAGAGAAAAAUGGGUCGAGAAAGAAAAGCAGAGGUUGAAGAAUUUAAUCGCUCUAUUGAUGAAAUUAAAUCAAAGGAUAUGA